CUCGCUCGGAGAGCAAAACAAAAUAAGAAAUACAUAUAUCUUGGGGUGAAUAGGAAAUUGUUCCUGCACCGAUUCGCGCCAAUUCCACGCAAGGAAAUGAAACCCAAGACGCGGAAAUAGGACCAAGUCGGGGACAAACCAUAUAGUCGGAUCGUCGAGGACGCGACGGCGUGCCUCCACUCCACCAUUUUGUUUUCCCCCACACCUCGUGUGCACUUUGUUUGUUCGUGUGCGUGUUUGCAGUGUUUGUGCAAAUCAAAGUGCUCCCAGAAUGCCUGUAAAAUGUGCGAAACCCAUCUUGAGAAACACUUUUCGUAGUUUCGACCAGUGAACCAUGGAUAGGCCAUCCCCGGAAGAGGCGGCCUCCUUCAGCGAAGCACGGAAACAGAUCUUGGAAAUCGCCCGGAAUCGACCUGGCACCCAGGUGGCCAAGUGCAUCCUCGCCUACGAUGAGCAGCUGGACCUCGGAUCGCUGAUCCUCCUGCUCGAGGAGCUCUCCAAGAACACCGACUACUCCACAGACCUGCGGAUAUCACUGGGAUAUUACAUUGAGGAGCUACUGCGCCACUGUUUGGGAAGUAACCAUGUUGCCCGGCGAUCGGCCAUUGUGGCGGCGGGAAGUGCCCUCCAGUACUGCGGCAAGAUCUAUGGAGACCGCGUGGAGUACAUGUACCAGGUGGUGGAGCACCAGAUCGAGGCCCUGCUCACCUCAGAGCCUCAGAAGGAGCCGGCCAGCGGCAGCAGUGGAGCGGACAACAAUGCCCCUAAGCCGGAGGAGCCGCGCAAACGCCGCGCCAAGAAGCUGACCAAGAAGGAAGUAGAUCCCUAUCUGCUCACCGUGGAACCGCGAAGAUUCAAGACGAUGUCGGACGAGAAAAGGUUCAACCAGACGGGCUUUGUGAAGUGCACGAGGAAUCGGACGAUAGAGUACCUUUAUCAGGAUCACACGCCGCCCAACCUGUGGAGACACGCGCCCAUUGUGGAUCCCCACAAUCCCUACGACCAGGAUGAGAAGAAGCAGUACAAAAUGUUUACGUAUCAUGUGGAGCAUCGAUAUAACACGCUGCUGCCAGACAUUCCCUUCGAGCGGUUAAAUCUGAUCAAGGAAUAUGUGCAUUCGAACCAGGUGAACACUGCGGAGAUACUAAACGAGCACAUGACCACGAAGGAUUACCUGGACGAGUACAUUGCGCUGGAAAACCAAAUGCUGGCCGCACGCUAUGGAGCCACUGUCAGGACGAGAAGAAGAAUGGACGAAUCGGGGAAAAGAUCACUGGAUGGCACUACGGAAACGGAGCUGGCGAAAAAAGUGCGACUGGAGGAGAAUCAGCCCAUGGAUUUGGAAGAAACUGCACCUGCUGUAGCAAUGGACGUCGAUAAACUGACGAUGAGGGAAAACGAUAUAUCACUAGCCACCGGCGAUGGUUUGCAGAACCAGAUAUCAGUGGAUUUGGGACUGGGCGAAUCAAUCAACACAAGUCAGGAGGACAGCACGAUCAAUACCACGAUGGACGUCAGCCAGGUGGAGAAUUCCACUUUAAGCGUUAGCCAAGUUGACUCCGCUUUAAGCGAAAGUCAAGUGCAGGACUCGUCCCUGAGCGCCAGCCAGGUUGAUAACUCCUUGAGUGUUAGCCAAGUAGAGAAUCCCCCGCUGAGCAGCACGUUGGCCAUCAACGAGUCCAGUGUCUUGGACAGCACGAGACUGGACUUGCCACCCCCUAAAGACGAAUCUCUCGAGGAGCUGUUGCAAAUCGAUUCCGGGAUCGGUAUGGAAGAGGUUUCCCAUUCCUCUCACGUGCAUACAGGCCAGUCUUUUGACGAUGAAGGUGUUGUUCUUUCAGAUGUAGAAGAUCACCGCCUGCUGACGGACCUGAUAAUCAGUUCCGAAGAGAUAGAAGCGAAGACAGUUCAAAUUAUUGAGAUGAAUGACGAUGUGGCAGUGAAUGUUCCCAGGGAGGUCUGCUACCCCAUUCUGCUGAAUUUUUUGAGACUUCCACAUAAGGGCCUGCGUCGUAAAUGUUUCUUUAAACUUCCAACAGCGUUUGACUUGUUCAAGCAAGCGCGACUUCCUGCCAAGCGAGAAGCACAACCAAAGCCUCCAACCGCGGCCAGAGUUUCGACUUUGCGGACAGAUAAAGAAACUCCCCAAACAACGGAAAGGAAUACCGGCUCUUCCAGUUGCUUAGAGUUUGACGAGGAGUUUAAUUUCUUGGGCUUUCAUCAACGUCGACCCACAUUCGACUCUGGUUUUGAUAUUGAGGACAUGCGAGUUGGGUCAGGAGCUGUUUCUACCAUCGGAGAAGUUAAAGUUGAGGUUGAAGACCCAACUGAAAACCAAGCGAGUAAGGCAAUUAACGAAACUGUGGCCGAAGCCCUAGAAGAGUCUGUAAACAUCAGAAUGGAAAGUGGAUUGGGGGAUUCAAUAGCUUCUGAGAUAAAUGACACUACCGCAAACCAGGGUGCAGAUUCGUCAAAACUUGAAGUGACUGAAAACUCCGGAACGGAAAGCGGAUUGGAGGCUACAGCUAACUCAGGAAUGGAGAGCGGAUUGGGACCGAACAUAAGUUCUGAAUUGGACGCCACCGCUGAGCCAAACGCAUUGGACAGCGGAAUUUUAGAUACCACUCAACUUGACAAUUCAGCAUUGGAGAUCUCCACAAUGCUAGACCUAACAACCUUAAAUGACAAAGCACCUGCGAAGGAUUUGCCUGCUAAUACACCAGCACCAGAUGAUAGUAUACAGGAUGCAGGCGUCGAGGACUGCGGUGAUUCAAUAAGAUCCGAAUCGCCGCUGGAAAAUGACAUCUCCGAUAUCCCUGAUUCCAGCUCUAUGAUUCGAGACUGGCAUAGAAGGCUGGCUCCCGCUUUGGAGGCAGCUCAUGAACGCCAGAAUUUUAACAUCAAAGACCUGGGCACUGAGAUCUUGGAGGUUUGUAAGGCGGGCGAUGGAACAGCCACUUUAGCUGAAGUCAUGGCUGACAAGGAUCCUAGUAUCAUGUGUCGCUACAUGCUGGCCUCACUAGUACUGACGAACCACGGGAACGUGACCUUGCAUUUCGGAAAUCGCGAUAAAAGUAAGCCCAUCGAAAUGUCUCAGUUUCAUAUGAAACUGAAGAGUACGCAGCGAAUGGAAAUACAUCCCGAGGAUGACGUCGGCAACAUGAGUGCAGCCAAGAGUAAAUCGGAUGUCAAUAUGAAGGCCGGGCCGAGCAAACCGGCGCAUGUACAAAUGAAGCGAAAGUCUACGGACAUGGCUUCUCCCGAGGUGUUUGCAAAAACUGUGCGUUUGAUUCAGCCCAUCCCAAAGAUGAGGCCGACUCCCUCCGAUGCCGACUCGGGGAUAUCUUCGAUGGGCUCUUCAUUGGCAUCGGCACCUCCAUAAAAUUAGUAGUAGUCUUGUGUCCUGUCUUAAAUGUGUUGAUUAGUUAUAUUCAAGCCCCUGUGUAGGCUCGUAGCGUCCAGUUGUAGUAUCCAGUUUGUGUGCCCCCCUAUCCGAAUUAUGUAUGUAAAUCUUUAUAUUAUAUUAUUUUCAGGUCCAGCGAACAAUGCACUUUACGCAGCAGUACAACAAGAUCAAGAGGCUGCGCUAAAUUUAAGAUCUUGCCAGAUAUCGAAUUAUUAUCCAUUAUGUUCAAAUGUAAGUUUAGACCGCCCAAUAUGAACAGGCUGGCAAUAG